AUGCACCUCAAUGCCUACUACGCAAAGGUCGCUUGCACCUCACAGCCAAAUUACGCAAAGAACACAUGCACCUUAAAUCCAAACUACACAAAGGAUGCACGCACCUCAAAGCCAAACCACGCAAUGGUCGCAUGCACCUCAAAGCCAAACCACGCAAACGACGUAUGCACAUCAAAGCCAAACUACGCAAAUGAAUUAUGCAUCUCAAAGCCAAACCACGCAAUGGUCGCAUGCCCCUCAAAGCCAAACCACGCAAAGGACGCAUGCACCUCAAAGCCAAACCAGGCAAAGGACGCAUGCACCUCAAAGCCAAACCACGCAAAGGACGCAUGCACCUCAAAGCCAAACCAGGCAAAGGACGCAUGCACCUCACAGCCAAACGACGCAAACGACGCAUGCACCUUAAAUCCAAACUACGCAAAGGACGCACGCACCUCACAGCCAAACCACGCAAAGGACGCAUGCACCUUAAAUCCAAACUACACAAAGGACGCACGCACCUCAAAACCAAACCACGCAAAGGGCGCAUGCGCGUCGAAGCCAAACGUACGGCGGUAG